AUGGCGUAUUCCCUGGACAGGUCAACGUUAGAACGCAAGCUGGACAAUUUUCCAUCAACUUUUCGAUUUGAUACAACGAACCUGACAAUAGAGAAAGUGACAGAAUUAAUACAAAAAAUAAAUGAUGACAAAGAAAACACAAUCCAACCUGAAACAGAGAAAAUGAAAAUGAAUAAUUUUCUUUCGUUUUUACAUUAUUUGCUGCAAGACUUUGAAAAAGCACUGCAACAUCUGGACGAAUCUCUACAAAGUGACCCUGACAACAUUACUGCUAAUGCGAAUAAAGCUAGAAUUCUGGAAAACGGGGAAGUUUCUGAUGUGGAAGAUAUAUUAAUAAAGCUUCAGGCCUUAGAAAAAGAAGAUGAUUACAAUAAGAGGAAAUGCCAUGCUGAAUCAGAUUUGGCGUAUGCUUAUUCGCGGUCGGGCCCUUGGUACCAUGAAAAAGCAAUAGAUAUAUAUGAAAGGAUUGUACAGAAAUAUCCCACUGAAUACGCGUGGAAGUUCGGACUUGGUUUGACGUUACUCAGGCGAACACACAAUUGCCAUUCACAGGCAGAUGUAUUUAAUCAAGAACAAAAUAAGGAUACAUUAUUGAAUGCUUUUGAAAAAUUACAAGACGUUGCAGACAAAUCGGAUGACCCCGUGCUCUGUGGGCUUGCCUAUGCUGCACUGGGGAGAGCAGUGUACACCAUAAGGAAAUUAGAUAUCGGUAUACCACCGGGGAUAAAGAAACUAAAAGAUGGAGAAUGUUUUGAAAAGGCAAUUGCCAGAUGUCCAGAAGAUCCAUGGGUGUUACACACCAGUGGCCAAUUCGCACGUUACAGAGGAGAUUUAGACAAGUCCGAGGAACUACUUCGGAAAUCUAUUAAAAUCCGCCCAACUUGUAAUGGAUAUCACCAUCUUGCCUUGACCUUGAAAAGGAAAGUAGAAAUGCGUAGGAAUAAAGCGAUCUCGCUCAAUAGGUCUGACAAAAAAACCCAUCGGAAAGAACAAGAACUUCGAAGAAAAAUUAAAUCACCAUUAAAAGUUGAAGUUCACCCCGAUGAUGAACUGCUCACUGAGGCGAUAAAAUUCUGCGAAGAAGCAGAGAAACUUAGCGCGCAUGCGUUAAAUGUAAAGUAUGAUAAGGGCAUACUAUAUUGCAUGUUGGGUCAGAACCAAGAUGCCGUGAAAACUUUCAAGCAAAUAGUCUCCAAAAAGAAAUGUCUUCCAAAUGAGUCCUUGUUGACAUGUGUGUAUGAACAACUAGGACUUCGUCUACUAGAGUUAGCUGAAUCAGAAGAAACAUCUUCAGACAUGAAGAAGAAAUUCAAAAAAGAUGGUCAAACUCAUCUCUUACACGCUCUUCAAAUUCAAUCUGAAAUAGUAGCAAAAGACCGACUGUUCAAAAAGUCUUGGAACUCUUAUGCAACCCUAACGGAACUCUUCAGUGAUGAUAAAGGUGGGAAACCCAAAGAACUGGCUGUCCUACAUAUGCUCAUGGGGGACCAUAGAGAUUCAAUAAAUGUUUACAACGAAAUAUUGAUGAAGGAUAAAGACAAAAUGGAGCCAGACGAUUAUAAAAAUAUGAUUAAAUGCUACUUGAAAGAUGGACAAAUAGAAGAAUGUGUUACUCUUUUGAGAUCCUUGGAAUGUACUACUUUUUUUUCGGACCUCUCUCCGUCUUUAGUCUUCAAUACCUAUAUCGAAGGAGCAUUUCAUGCUUACACGACAGGCAAUUCACAACUUGCGUACACACGCUUCAGACGCGCUUUCCAAGUAUACGGUCUAUUUGAAAACGUUACAAACCAGACCGAAGCUAAUGAGGAAGUGGACGCAAAAGAUGUACUGGUAUUGCACUCUUGCGCAAAAGACUUGGAUUGCAAACUUCUCAGAAAUGUUUGUACUAUUCUAGAAGACUUUGUUGGAUUAUCAUGUACCAUUUGUACCGAUAAUGUACUACCAAAUAAAUUCCAAAUGAACGCGAAGUGUUCUCUUCAGCAAAAUACAGCAUGUAUUAUUAUCAUGACCCAUGACAAUGAGGGCGCAAGCGAUUUUGUCCCUUCCACUCCCAUGAUGAGCGAGAAGAAAGUUGUGGUUGUAUCAGAUGAUAAAUGUAACGUCCCAGAUAUUGCCAGAGCACAGCCAUUUAUCCUGAUGCCCCCUCUGUUGCCGGGCUCCAUGCAUACAGACGACCAGAUCCCAGAAGAAUACAAAGAAUGGAUCAAAACGCUCAUCACUCAGCUGAAGCCAGACUAA